AUGAAAGGCCUUCUCUCCCUUGCCAGCUGUCUUGGCAUAUUUCACACGCUGGUUGCAGCUGCAACCAUCCCAUCCUACUUUGAGCGUUCUCCAUCAACCCCUCGCAAGUUGAGCGUCGCCCAAAUCCAGCGUGAACUUGGUUCACGGCUCUCGAAGAGCACCAUCAUUUUCGGACCCGAGGAUGCACGUUACGAAGACGCUACGUCGAGAUGGAACGAUUUUGCCAAGCCAAAGUUCCAGAUCGUCAUCGAGCCUGGCCAGGAAUCCGAUGUAGCCAGUAUUGUAAAAUACUGUAACGAAAAGAGCAUUGAGUUCUUGGCCAUCAACAAGGGUCAUGGAUAUCCCUCUAGUCUCGGAUCAUUCAACGGCGUGCAGAUCAACCUUGCACAAUUCAGAAGCAUCACCAUUCAGCCCAAUGGCAAGUCUGCUUGGUUUGGAGGCGGGGUGUUCGAUGGCCAAGCCAACAGAUACCUUUGGGAUCAGGGAUACGUCACGACCACUGGCUCCUGCGAUUGCGUGGGCAUGAUGGGCCCAGGCCUUGGUGGUGGCCACGGCCGCCAUGAAGGUCCUCACGGCAUGAUCAGCGAUAACAUUCUUCAGCUCAAUGUUGUUCUUGCAGAUGGAACUGCCGUUCGUGUCAACAACACCAGCCACAGUGAUCUCUUAUGGGCUAUGAAGGGUGCGGGUCACAACUUUGGUAUUGUCACCAGCUUCGAGAUGAAAGUCUAUCCCCGCGGUCCUGACACCUGGCACUACCAUAACUAUGUGUGGCGUGGAGACCAGCUCGAAGCUGUCUUCACUGCCCUCAACAAUUUCCACGGAAAUGGCUCAACCCCGGUCAACAUGACAACCAACUUCGGAAACAUGUUGUUGGAUACCACCGUUUCGGAUAAGGAGCCUGUCCUCUGGUGGACGUUUGCCUACCGUGGAUCCGCUGCUGAAGCAGAAACACUCCUGGCCCCAUUCAAUGCCAUCGAGGCUGUACGGGAUGAGCAGGGAGAUGUUCCCUUUCCAAAGGUGGCUGCUGCACAGCAGACUGAUGAGAACAGUGCCAUUUGUCAACACAACAAAGUCCGAAUCACCGCCACAGCCGGUCUUCAGGUGUACAACCUGACCGCCGAGCGCCUUAUCUUUGAAGGUUUCAAGAAACGCAUUGCCAGCGACCCAACAUUUGCCGCAGGAGCUGCUGUGACCCACGAAGGCUACUCCACUGCCGGAACGGAUGCCCAGAAUUCCAACGACUCAGCCUACCCCUUCCGCGAUGACCAUCAUCUCAUGCUGAUUCAAAUCGUCAUCCCUCCUAACAACAAGACCAUCGAACAGGAGGCCUGGAAAUGGGCCAAGGAGGUGAGAGACCAGUGGAACCAGGGCCAGCCUACCAGACCAGUCAAUGCUUAUGUCAAUUAUGCCAACGGGUUUGAGUCUGUGGAGGAGCAGUAUGGACAUGAGGCGUGGCGGUUGAAGAAGCUUCGGGAUCUCAAGGCCAAGUAUGACCCUUUCAACCGUUUCCGGUUCUACAAUCCCAUCAUCGGGAAGAAGACCGUUGGCCCCAUUUAAGGUGAUACAGAUGAAAGAUCCUCUAGAAGUCAACCUCGGGAUAAAUGUAUCUAGAUUCUCUACUACCUCACCUACGGUUCGUAUUCAAUCUU